AAGCUUUUUUAGAUAGUUUUGUAUUUUACUUUUUACUCCUUAUUUUUAGCAAUGAAUUCAAAUAAUGAUAACAGCGUACCAUCUAUGAAUGAUCUCAUUAUGUUUUUUCAAGUCAAACCAGUUUUUGCCAAACCAAAAAUAUGCUCUAGAGAAUGUUCACCUCCAAAAGAAGAAAGUUGCUCUAGUAUUCAUGCUGACAGAGCGAGAAGCACUGCCGGCGGCAGUCGAGGAAAUCGGCCAACAGUGACAGUUAGAAGCAAUGAACAAAUUGGCACAGCCCGAGAUAGUGAACAAGCGGGCAAUGCUAGGGGCAGCGGGGAACCAAGGAGAACAAGAGGCAGUGAGAAUAUAGAACGAGCUAGGGUAAAAGUCUGCAGUCCUAGAGGUAACGAGAAUUUUGCCAGAAGCAAAGAAAGUGAGAAUGCUGAUCGAGGCAGACGCGCAAAAAAUGAUAGCAUAGGUACAGCUAAUGGUAAAGCAGGCAAUGCUGGAGCCUUCCAAAAUGUCGGCAGUUCCAAAGUUAGCCAAUUAGUCGACAGAGCAGGAGGUGGUGAUGUUUCUUCUCCGCGAGAAAGCGUAUCGCAACCGAUAAAAGCCAAUAGUAACAAUAAAACCGUCUCUAACAGAGGAAAAGCAGGGGCUGGUGUCACGGGUUCGCGCAAGGGCCAGAUGAUCGAGGAAAAUAUAAAAUUAAAGAACCAAGAUGACAAGCUAACAGAGCAAUCGACGAAGCCUGGAUUGCUUCGUCACAUACAUAACGCUGCGCGAUAUAGAGUACCUCAAUGCUUUGAAGGCGCCGUCGUGUCGGUAAAACAAAGUGCCACUGACUCCAACUGGGUCAUUGGACAUUCGAUGUCCUUCAGUUCAGUGUCCCCGGGGGGAUACAAGGUCUUAUUAUCAUAUGCGCAAAAGCAUAGGUCCGAUGCGCCUUAUUUCGUUUUGGAAGCAGCACCUGGGGGACAAAUGAGUGGCGAAGUCCGAGUUAGUCCCACCCAGAGAACUCGAGCGUCAGUUGUCGCGCAGAUCGCCGACAAGCAACUGUACAGUUUCGAGAGCAUCUUCGACGUUUACUUCAAAAGCUCCACUGCGUCUAUUCUUGCAGUGAACAGAGAAUUUAUCGCCUUGCACUACCUUAAGUCGAUAACGGAAAGACUCUCUUUGGGCGCGGAGCUGGUAGCCCGUGGCCGCGACCGCUCUCUGUCAUCGGCGUCCGCGGCGGCUCGGUGGAGCGACGACGACAACUCGCUCAGCGCGACCGUCGGCGAUCGCGGACUGGAUGUGUGUUACGCGAGGAAUAUAAAGCCGUACCUCACUGUGGCGUCUAUGCUUGAGAUCGGUUUCGGCAUACAGCGGGCGGUGGCGACGUUGGCCUACGAGUGGCACGCUCGGGACUGGACUGUGCGGGGUUCCGUGGAUUCUGAUGGCCUGGUCGGGGCCACGCUACACCGCGGCCUCGGCGGGCGGCGGGCCCAGCUGGCCUGCGCCAUCUCCGCCCUUCUCAACCACCCCAACGAUAAGUUCAAACUCGGAUUCGGUAUUACGGCUACUAUAGAUUGAA